AGUGUACCUAGAGCGCAGGGAAAAGUGCAAAGUUUCCAGCGCAUGGGCCAAUCCCGGGCGGGCCUGGGAAAACCGGGAAAAUAGGAGGCGGUCUAAGAGAAGAGGGAUAAGAGGUUGCAGGAGAGGGCACAGGGUGUUCCAGGCCUUUCCGCCCUCCUGCCCCCAAACAACCCUUUUAACACCUUUUGCCCUUUACAAAUCUGCAGAUCGUGCCUCCUCUUCUAGACAGCAAGACCCAGCAAGCCCGGGGCUGGGCGUGCUCUCGCCUGCCCUGCCGCGCUGGCCUUGGAGAUGAAGCUGGGGGCCGAGUAGAGCGAAGACCCUGCACCUGGUGCGUGAUACGGGGCUGCGGGUUGACGCCGAGCUUCUGCGGGAGGUCCGGGAGCGAGCGGUCAAGCCAGUGCACCCAAGCCACCUGCACCAGCGUUUCCACAGCCCCGCCGAGCUGCCGCCGCGACUGCGUGCCCCCGCCGGUUCCACUUCUCCAGCGCCGCCCGCGGUCCCGCCUGGGGUGGUCUCCGCCCUGGUCUCUAGGGGAGCACCUUUUCACGUGCCGAUCUGCAAGGCUGGACGCAACAGGCUCCGGGAAAGGAGACACCUACCUGUGCCACAAUGAUCUCAUCCAAUGACUUUGCAUCUGCUUCCUGGGAACUCGCGGUCCAAGUUGACCAUCCGAAUAAAGAGGAGCAGAGGAACAUCACGCUGAGAGUGUCUGGAGACCUGCACGUCGGGGGUGUGAUGCUCAAGUUGGUGGAACAGAUCAACAUAGCUCAAGACUGGUCAGACUUUGCUCUUUGGUGGGAACAGAAACAUUGCUGGCUUCUGAAAACCCACUGGACCCUGGACAAAUACGGAGUCCAGGCAGAUGCCAAGCUUCUCUUCACCCCUCAGCAUAAAAUGCUGCGCCUUCGCCUGCCUAACAUGAAGACGGUGAGGCUGCGAGUCAGCUUCUCGGCCGUGGUGUUUAAGGCUGUCAGUGACAUCUGCAAAACCCUGAAUAUUAGAAGAUCAGAAGAGCUUUCCUUGUUAAAGCCUUCUGGUGACUUUUUUAAGAAAAAGAAAAAGAAAGAUAAAAAUAAUAAGGAGCCCAUAAUUGAAGAUAUUCUCAACCUGGAGAGUUCUCCAACAGGCUCACCAGUAAGUCCUGGCUUGUACAGUAAGACCAUGACUCCUACGUAUGACCCCAUCAAUGGAACUCCAGCAUCCUCCACCAUCACUUGGUUCAGUGACAGCCCUUUAACAGAACAAAAUUGCAACAUCCUCGCAUUCAGCCAGCCACCCCAGUCACCAGAGGCACUGGCUGAGAUGUACCAGCCUCGGUCUCUGAUUGAUAAAGCCAAGCUUAAUGCAGGUUGGCUAGAUUCUUCACGCUCCCUGAUGGAACAAGGAAUCCAAGAGGAUGAGCAACUGCAGUUACGAUUUAAAUACUACACUUUCUUUGAUUUGAAUCCUAAAUACGAUGCUGUCCGGAUAAACCAGCUCUAUGAACAAGCCAGGUGGGCUAUUCUCUUAGAAGAAAUUGACUGCACAGAAGAAGAAAUGCUGAUCUUUGCAGCACUACAGUAUCAUAUCAGCAAAUUGUCAAUGUCGGCUGAGAUACAGGAUUUUACAAAUGAGUCUGAGGUUGACGAAGUGGAAGCUGCCCUUUCUAAUUUGGAAGUGACCCUCGAAGGUGGAAAAGCAGACAGCACCUUGGAGGACAUUACCGACAUCCCCAAGCUUGCAGACAAUCUCAAAUUGUUUAGGCCCAAGAAGCUAAUGUUAAAAGCUUUCAAACAAUAUUGGUUCGUCUUUAAAGACACAUCUAUAGCCUACUUUAAAAAUGAGGAACUUGAACAAGGAGAACCCAUAGAAAAACUCAAUCUUAGAGGCUGUGAAGUUGUGCCAGAUGUGAACGUAGCAGGGAGAAAAUUUGGAAUCAAGUUACUAAUCCCUGUUGCUGAUGGUAUGAACGAAGUGUAUUUGAGAUGUGACCACGAGAAUCAAUAUGCCCAGUGGAUGGCUGCCUGCAUCUUGGCAUCAAAGGGCAAAACCAUGGCAGACAGCUCCUACCAGCCAGAGGUCCUCAACAUCCUUUCAUUUCUAAGGAUGAAAGACCGGAAAUCCUCAUUUCAGCUGGCUUCCAGUCUCGAAAGCAUGGACAUGAACCCAGAAUGUUUUGUAUCACCUCGGUGUGCGAAAAAACACAAGUCUAAACAGCUGGCCGCCCGGAUUAUGGAAGCCCACCAGAAUGUGGCCCAGAUGCCCCUGGUCGAAGCCAAGCUGCGGUUCAUCCAGGCAUGGCAGUCCCUACCUGAAUUUGGCCUCACCUACUACCUUGUCAGAUUUAAAGGGAGCAAGAAAGAUGACAUUCUGGGAGUUUCCUAUAAUAGGUUGAUUAAAAUUGAUGCAACCACUGGGAUCCCAAAUACAACAUGGAGAUUCACGAACAUGAAACAGUGGAACGUCAACUGGGAAAUCCGGCAGGUGAUGAUCGAGUUCGACCAAAACUUCCAGGUGGCGUUUACCUGCCUGAGUGCAGACUGCAAGAUCGUGCACGAGUACAUCGGUGGCUACAUUUUCUUGUCCACCCGCUCCAAGGACCAGAAUGAAACGCUCGAUGAGGACCUCUUUCACAAGUUGACAGGUGGUCAGGAUUGAAGUGAGGCAGACCUGCGGGGCCUAUGUAGACAGGAGGCGUUCUCCCCGCGCCAGCGGGAUCCCUGGCUCCUCCAGUGUGUGGAUUCUGGGCUAACAGACAGCAUACCUGCACCGGCGGACACCCAGAUCCUCGCCUCAUUUCAACACACUGCCAGCAUGUCCCUUUCCUCAUGGGGUGCCCUGUGCUACUAGUGGCAGAAGGGGCCUCCAUUGCCUUUCCUAUAACGUGGGUGGGUGAGGGAUGGGGUGCUACUCUAAGACAGCUCUGAGGCCCAGCCAGCUAUGGUCUGUGACGUAGGCACGUGCCAUGGGAUGGCUUCACGCUGGCCUUGUGUUUACCUGCCUCAUUGCUAAAUCAGCAACAAAGACGGAAGGGUUCACAUCAUGUGUACCAAGUACGACUCUUAUUCCACAGACUCAGGUAUGAAAGGAAAUAGGUCUUUCCUUAAUGAAAGCAGUUUUAGCUUCCAUCUUGUCAAAAUGAUCUAAUGAAUCUACACACACGUUUUCCUUGAAGGUCAAAAAGUCAGGGGAGGAGCGACAGGAUUACCCGGUGGUACUGUUUGACAACCAGGGCUCAGCAGUGGCCCUCAGUGCCAUGCUUCUACAGUGGCAUCUGCCAAAGUAUCCACUGAUCCAUCUGUUCCAGAUCUUGGAUCAAAAUCCCAUUUCAUUCCUGGAGGUCCCGAGACACAGUGAAGUCCUUCUUGAAGACAUGGAUGACACAAAUGUGCAGGGAGGCUUACUCCUUGACUCAGAUUGAUGUCUCAGCUGCUUUUACUGUGAAUAAAAGAAGGAAGACCCACAAGUUCUGCUUAUAAAAACCACCUCCUAGUAGCCGAGGAUCCCGAGGGGGCCUCAUCCCAGAUGGUCAGGGAGAGAAGGGCAGACCUGUUCUCAAAAACUACUAAGUUCCAAGUGUGGAUGACUGGUGAGCCUCGGAGCCAUUCUGGAUGGAAGGGAAGCGCCAUUCUUCCUGUUCUUCAGUGUGCCCUGGAUUUGGUGUCUAUGUUUAUAGGACUUCUGGCCUUUUCCCUAAAGGCCUUUGGAUUUAGUCGAUCACGAGCCAACAAUAGACUCCUUUUUGUCUCUCUGCUUUGCAGUGUGUCAUCCCUGCCUUGAGACUUGACCUUGAGCCAAUUAACAGCUGCCUGCCUGAAUUUCUAUCUUCUGUUUUGGUUUGUUCAUGGUAGGAGGGGUGGGUGAAUUUUGAGAAGGUGAAAAGCAAGAUCACAGGUAAAGGGAAAUAUUAGACAAUAUUUUAUUUUGUUUUUAUAAAAUGUUCUCCCACCACACGAAGAACUUGAGUUGGAAGAAUAAGACAAGUUCUUAGUUUCCAUCUUGCUGUUCUGUUGGGACACACCCUUCAGGGGCCUUGGCAGGAGCCCAGGGGCCCACAAGCCUCAGCUGUUGUGUUAUUUUUUAACAAAGCCAUCCAAGAAGGGAGGGAGAGCUCAGCAAUCCUGGGGGGUCACACAGAGACGGCCUUGGCUAGGGAAGCCCUGGCCCUGAGCCAACAGCUGCCUUCUGGAAAUUCCUGUUUGGCCUCUCCCUAGAGGUGAAUGUACAUAAACCCCCCAGGCACCAGCUGAAUUUCUGAGCACUAGCUUAAAGCCCAGAGGUGCUUUAGACUCUUAGAAACUGUGUCCAUGAUUAAUGACUUACUUUGGCAUGCUUUACGUAGAAAUUAUUGCAAGGCGUACUGUGUCGAACUUGAUGUCCACCAUUUCUCUAGUCCCGGGCUCUGGUGUUGUAGAAGCAAGACAGGUCUUUAAGAUUAUGGUGGACCUUACAUUAAAAUAAUGUUCCCUGAUUGCAUUUUACCUGUUUACUGUCAAGGGCAGCUCAGCCACAUUACCAAACCUUCGUUCUCUCCUCUUCCUUAGCAUUUCAUAGCUGACUGUUGUCGCCAUGAAAACACUCUAAGGAAUUGACUGGGUUUGACAAACUUUUGUGUUUGUUACAGUUUUGAGGGUAGCAUUUCUUCUGUAUUCCACAGGAGCAUUCGAAAAGAAUGGACCAGUGUGACGAGAAACGCUUAAAUGAUGCCGUUCUCAAGAGCGAACUCAGGACUAGUUUUGUUGUUUUGUUUGGUUUUUGCGUUGGGUACACAAGGUCAUCUGACUUCCCAUGAUGAACAUUUCACGUGUGCCUCUCCAUACCAUUUGCUGUCUUACUACCCUAAAUGCUGGAAACUGUAUUUUUUUUAUUAUUUUAUAUGAUUUUUAAAAGUAAAUGUGUAUAUUGAUUUGAAAUGGU